AGAAGCGUUUGUCAUCGAUAGUAGGGUAUUGUUUUAUAACAAAGCUUCUGUUCUAUUAUUGACUGUUACGUCAUAGACAGUGGUUUGAAGUUUGUUCUAGAAUUGAUUGUUACGUCAAAGGAAAGUUUUAUUCUCGAAGUUUUAACAAUCUUGAUCGUAAUGAAUGGAAGUUUCAGGUAAACAACUUUAUUAUGAGGACUUAGACGACAGUGAGAGUUGUACAUCUUCACUGGCAACCACGUUGACACUGAGUGAGGAUGCUGAUGAUUUAUAUUUAGGGGCAGAAGCAAAUUCCUUUGAAGCCAAAAAAGUUGAAAACGAAAGAAAAAGUUCUUUGGGUUCGUUGAAAUAUGAAACGUUGAGAGAAAAAUUGUCAAUAUCAAGUGUUGUUGAUAUUUUAAAAGCGCGAGAAUGCGAUCCAACACAAGUUUUGCAAAAUCUUGGGUUUUGCGGAAAAUCUUCCGAUAAAACUCGUUCCGACAUAUUAGCGAGAUUCAAUUACCGAGACCCCAUUAAGGAAAACAAUCAAGCUCCUGAGAGGGUUUAUGAUGUCACAAAGAGCAUUAAUAAAACAAAGGAAUGGCUGACAAUGCAUCAUCCUGAUGAUGAGAAGAAGGCCCCUGUUACCAUGGGUGAUACAUUAGCGAAACGCACUGCCCUCCAGUGGGCAAAGAACCGUCGUCGUUUCUCAGCGAAAUCUCGUCAAUCGUCAUUCGAUCUUUUGCCGAAAGUUAAUGAAGAAUCCAUCGAAGGCCACUCGGUGACAGCAGACACAAUGAUGAUACGCGAAAGUUCACAAGAAAAAGUUGAGGAACCGCCACGACCGUUGAGACAUAUUUCGCUGAGUCAUGCUCAACUUGAAUCUUUUGAACUCGAAGAAAUAAACAGCAAUGAUGACAUCACAGAGAAGCGACAUCCACCCAUUGUGAGUCAGCAAAUAUCAGGAAAUCCCCAUGAAAGUGAUGAGUCAUCAAGUGGGUUCGACGAGGAUGAUAUGACAUCAUUAUUACAUCAUCAAACCUGUGAUGAUGUCAUCAACGUACGUCCAAAUAAGGUGGUUGAAACUUACGAGGGCCAAUGUUUGUGCGGAACGAGGAAAUCCACAACAAACGUACGAUACGUCUAUGACAUCACAAUGGGGGAUUGUCGCAACACAAACAACUCGUGUUCCACUUCACCGAACAAAGUCAACCAACCGCGACGUGUCGUUUCUGAGUUUCGUCGUCAACGGAGACGGGAGGUCGCGGGGAGGUCAGCGGUGUCCGGUGACAUCAUCAGUGACAUCAUCGAUGAUGCGGCGAUCGUUUGUAAAGGUGGGAAAUAUUUCUAUCGUCGUCGUAGAAACGGGAGCGUACAUGUCAUUGGUGAUGAUGUCAUCGAAAGGGAAUCCCCUGAUGACAUCACUUAUAAGGUGGAUGAUGUCACAAUAGACGAACCUUGCUUAUGUAAACUGAUGACAUCACAUGACACGGCUAUGACAUCAUCACAACGACUGACUCGUCAAUUUUGCACAACUUCGUUUCCACCACACGGUGGGGUUAUCAGUCCUGUAUAAAUAUAUAAUUUCUAUGUUGCAAUAAUUGUGAUGUCAUAUUUUAUCUUUAUUACAUCACAGACCUGCCUUAUUGUUCCAACUAUUGUGAUGUCACAAUAUGCACGUAGCUUCAAUAAUAAAUUUAUUGUCACAUAACAAUUGUUUAUUUAUUGACGUAACAAUGGGGUGGAUUCUGUUGUCGCGCGUCGACGAUUAUAACUCGGACGAAGAAAAAUAAGUGCGACAAUAAAACACACGAUGGCGCAAGAGGUCGGGACGAGCGAGGCAAUCGUUGAACCUUUGGCCCAUAUUGGGGGAUUCCCCAGUGCAUACCUGGACACGAUUGGUUGAAAUAUAAAGAACGUCAUCCAUGACAUCACAAGUAUUGAGGAAAAUGUGGUCACCGGGUGGGGGUAUGUGACCUCCGCUGCAAUCUCCAACAAUGCUGUCUCGGCCACGCCCAUAAACAAACCUAAUAUG